GUUGCCGGGUAACGGAGCGGAGCGGCUCCCGGCGCGCCGCCUCCCGCCCUCCGCCGAGUGGCGCUGGGGCCGCCGCCGCCGCUUUACGUAAGGCGCAGGCCAGGGCCGCCCGGCGCUCCGCAGCCGCCCGCAGCCCCCCGGAGCAGAGGAGAGGCGCCCCCGCCGGCCGCCGCGCCGCCCGGCAGCCUCGGCAGGUUCUGCCGGAGACUUCCAUUUGGCCUCAAUGUGAAAUUAAAGUAGAAAAUCCCAUCUACAUGUGUGUUGCUAUCAGGAUGUUGAUUGACUGGUCAUGCCUGAAGAGGGAAAGUCUGUUUUAGGUGGCUGACUACCAGCCAAAAUAAAUGCUUCUCCUACAUGUCAAGCAUCUCUCCUUUCUACUGGAGUGAAAAUCCCCUCCAGAUACCAACAGAAUAUCAACUGCAGAAAAUGCUUCACAUUUUAAGGAUGUCGGCAACCUAAAUUCAUGUACCCUAUCUGUACAGUUGUUGUGGAUGGUUUGUCAUCUGAAAGCUCCUCAAGUUCUUAUCCAGGCCCUGUGUCUGUUUCUGAAAUGUCUCUGCUUCAUGCUUUGGGUCCAGUGCAGACCUGGCUGGGACAAGAGCUCGAGAAAUGUGGCAUUGAUGCCAUGAUUUACACUCGGUAUGUCCUCAGUCUUCUGCUGCAUGACAGCUAUGACUACGACCUGCAGGAACAGGAGAAUGACAUCUUCCUGGGCUGGGAAAAAGGAGCUUAUAAGAAAUGGGGAAAGAGUAAGAAAAAAUGUUCAGAUCUAACUCUAGAAGAAAUGAAAAAACAGGCUGCUGUCCAGUGUCUUCGAUCUGCUUCUGAUGAAAGCUCUGGUAUCGAGACUUUAGUGGAGGAGCUUUGCUCCAGACUGAAAGACCUUCAGAGUAAGCAAGAAGAGAAGACUCACAAAAAGUUAGAGGGGUCUCCCUCUCCAGAGGCAGAAUUAUCCCCUCCAGCAAAGGAUCAAGUGGAAAUGUACUAUGAAGCAUUUCCACCACUUUCUGAGAAACCAGUUUGCCUGCAAGAAAUCAUGACUGUGUGGAACAAGUCUAAAGUCUGUUCUUACUCUAGCUCGUCAUCAUCAUCCACAGCCCCACCAGCUAGCACAGACACUUCCUCUCCUAAGGACUGCAACAGUGAAAGUGAAGUCACCAAGGAAAGAAGCAGUGAAGUACCCACCACUGUGCAUGAGAAAACCCAGGGCAAAAGCAAAAAUGAGAAAGAAAACAAAUUUAGUAAUGGCACAAUUGAAGAAAAGCCUGCUUUGUACAAGAAGCAGAUCCGACAUAAACCUGAAGGAAAGAUUCGCCCUCGCUCAUGGUCUUCUGGCUCCAGUGAAGCAGGCUCAAGUUCCAGUGGGAAUCAGGGAGAAUUAAAAGCAUCCACGAAGUAUGUUAAAGUAAGACACAAGGCCCGAGAGAUUCGAAACAAAAAAGGGCGGAACGGGCAAAGCAGGCUUUCGCUGAAGCAUGGUGAAAAGGCUGAAAGAAACGUUCAUGCUGGAAGCAGCAGCAGUAGCAGCAGUGGUUCUGUCAAACAGCUGUGCAAGCGGGGUAAGAGACCUUUAAAAGAAAUAGGGAGAAAAGAUCCUGGGAGCACUGAAGGGAAAGACCUAUACAUGGAGAACAGAAAUGACACAGAAUACAAAGAGGAACCCUUGUGGUACACCGAGCCCAUUGCUGAAUAUUUUGUUCCUCUGAGCAGAAAAAGUAAACUAGAGACCACAUACCGAAACAGACAAGAUACAAGUGAUCUGACAUCAGAGGCAGUGGAAGAAUUGUCUGAAUCAGUACAUGGUCUUUGUAUCAGCAACAAUAAUCUUCAUAAAACAUACCUCGCAGCAGGUACUUUCAUUGAUGGUCAUUUUGUAGAAAUGCCUGCAGUUAUGAAUGAGGAUAUUGACCUCACUGGGACCUCAUUAUGUUCUCUACCAGAGGACAAUAAAUACCUGGAUGAUAUUCAUCUAUCAGAAUUAACACACUUCUAUGAAGUGGAUAUUGAUCAAUCCAUGUUGGAUCCUGGUGCCUCAGAAACAAUGCAAGGAGAAAGUCGGAUUUUGAAUAUGAUUCGACAAAAAAGCAAAGAGAACACAGAUUUUGAGGCAGAAUGUUGCAUAGUGUUAGAUGGUAUGGAGUUGCAAGGGGAACGUGCAAUAUGGACAGAUUCUACCAGCUCCGUGGGUGCUGAGGGCUUAUUCCUGCAGGACCUUGGCAAUCUGGCUCAGUUUUGGGAGUGCUGUUCAUCCAGUUCCGGUGAUGCUGAUGGGGAGAGUUUUGGAGGAGACUCUCCAGUUAGACUCUCUCCCAUCUUAGACGGCACAGUGCUCAAUUCACACCUGCUUGCUGGCAAUCAAGAGCUCUUUUCAGAUAUUAAUGAAGGAUCUGGUAUAAACUCUUGUUUUUCAGUGUUUGAAGUGCAAUGCAGUAAUUCUGUUUUACCAUUUUCUUUUGAAACACUCAACUUGGGAAAUGAAAAUACAGAUUCUAGUGCUAAUAUGCUUGGGAAAACACAGUCUAGAUUGCUAAUAUGGACCAAAAAUAGUGCCUUUGAAGAAAAUGAACACUGUUCUAAUCUUUCAACAAGAACUUGUAGUCCAUGGUCCCAUUCAGAAGAAACACGUUCAGACAAUGAAACAUUAAAUAUUCAAUUUGAAGAAUCCACACAGUUUAAUGCCGAAGAUAUUAAUUAUGUAGUUCCUAGAGUCUCGUCAAAUUAUGUAGAUGAAGAACUUCUAGAUUUUUUGCAAGAUGAAACUUGCCAGCAAAACAAUAGAACUUUAGGUGAAAUUCCUACGUUAGUCUUCAAAAAAACAUCUAAACUAGAAUCUGUCUGUGGUAUUCAGCUAGAACAAAAAACAGAAAACAAAAACUUUGAAACUACACAAGUACGUAAUGAAAAUCCACAUGGAGAUGGCUACAGCUCAGGGGUUAUUAAAGACAUUUGGACAAAGAUGGCAGACACAAAUUCUGUGGCUACAGUAGAAAUAGAAAGAACUGAUGCCGAGUUGUUUUCGGCAGAUGUAAAUAACUACUGCUGCUGUCUAGAUGCUGAAGCUGAACUGGAGACCCUUCAGGAGCCUGACAAGGUUGUGCGAAGGUCAGAGUACCAUCUGUGGGAGGGACAGAAAGAAAGCCUGGAGAAAAGAGCAUUUGCUUCUAGUGAGCUAUCAAACGUGGAUGGUGGUGAUUAUACAACACCCUCUAAACCCUGGGAUGUAGCCCAAGAUAAAGAGAACACAUUCAUUCUUGGAGGAGUUUAUGGAGAACUCAAAACCUUUAGCAGUGAUGGGGAAUGGGCAGUCGUACCACCUAGUCACACAAAAGGAAGCCUGUUACAGUGUGCAGCUUCUGAUGUAGUGACAAUAGCUGGUACAGAUGUCUUUAUGACCCCAGGAAACAGUUUUGCCCCUGGGCACAGGCAGUUAUGGAAACCCUUCGUGUCAUUUGAACAGAAUGAUCAGCCGAAGAGUGGGGAAAAUGGAUUAAAUAAGGGAUUUUCUUUUAUCUUCCAUGAAGACUUACUAGGAGCUUGUAGCAACUUUCAAGUCGAAGAUCCUGGGCUUGAAUACUCAUUUUCUUCCUUUGACUUAAGCAAUCCAUUUUCACAAGUUCUUCAUGUAGAAUGCUCAUUUGAACCUGAAGGGAUUGCAUCUUUCAGCCCCAGUUUUAAACCGAAAUCAAUUCUCUGUUCUGAUUCAGACAGUGAAGUGUUUCACCCCAGGAUAUGUGGUGUUGACAGAACACAAUACAGGGCUAUUCGGAUCUCUCCUCGGACUCACUUUCGCCCAAUUUCUGCAUCCGAACUGUCCCCAGGAGGAGGAAGCGAGUCAGAGUUUGAAUCUGAGAAAGAUGAAGCAAAUAUUCCCAUUCCUUCUCAAGUUGAUAUAUUUGAAGAUCCGCAGGCAGAUCUCAAACCUCUGGAGGAAGAUGCAGAGAAAGAAGGCCAUUACUAUGGAAAAUCAGAGCUUGAGUCUGGAAAAUUCCUUCCCAGGUUAAAAAAAUCUGGGAUGGAAAAGAGUGCUCAGACAUCAUUGGAUUCCCAGGAGGAAUCAACUGGGAUUCUGUCAGUAGGAAAGCAAAAUCAGUGUUUGGAAUGUAGCAUGAAUGAGUCCCUGGAAAUAGAUUUAGAAAGCCCAGAAGCAAAUUGUAAAAUAAUGGCACAAUGCGAGGAAGAAAUUAAUAAUUUUUGUGGUUGCAAAGCAGGUUGUCAGUUUCCUGCUUAUGAAGAUAAUCCGGUUUCUUCGGGACAGCUGGAAGAGAUUGGGAAGAAAGAAAAAGAGGAAAGAAGCAAGAUUCUACAUCAUACCACUACCAUAUUCCUUCGCUUUCUACUAAACCAGAGGUUGAAUUAAUACAUCAGAUGAUGUAUUAGAUGAUCAUAGCAUGAUCCAGCCUAGAAGUUACAAAUGACUGAGUGAAGAGGUGUCAUAACAGGAUGCACAUUCCUUACAUACAUUUACUCUAGCAUAACACAGACAAAUGAGUCCCUGCCAUAGGAAUUGACAUUCAAAUGGAGGAUGAAGAAAAAAGACACCUGAAGUUAUGGUAGAAACUGGUGUGCCUUUCACAGUGGUUUCAGCAAGAGACAGAGAAGUAAUGAUGCAUGAGAUACUCAGAGACUGUUGGCUUGUGGAAACUUUUCUUCAGGUCAGCAGACACUGAGUGUCUACUUUGUGUGGGGCCCUGUACGUGGAGAUGCAAAGGUAAAGAAGACGUGGUCCCGCCCCUUAGGAAGCUUCCAUUCUGGUUCUGCUGGGAUCUAAACUCUUGGUUCAUGCUGCCCCUGCUCCCCAGGUGCCUGGCCCCUCCAUCCUGCUUUCCCUGACCUUUCCCACCCCCCACCAUGAACUCACUUUUUAAAUUUUAAUCCUCAAGAAAGGAUGAAAAGAUAAGCAGUGUAUUUAAACCUAUCAUUCCUGCAGAGCAUUUUCCCUCUCAAAUAACCAGUUAACCUCUAAAUCCGUAUCUCUUCAACAGCACCUUAAGGAGGUGAUGGAGAGAGUUCUGGCUGGGACACCUUCCCUGCUCCCCCUGAGUAGCACUAAGUAAUCUCACAGGCCAGGAAAGGCCUUUCUGAAGAGGUCUUAGAAUGCAGGAGUUGCAUUCCACGUGCUGUUUGCGACCUUGGAAGGACCGCAGACCCUGCGUGGUGCUGGUUUGUUUGCAGGAAGCCCAGCCCUGUUGGUUCCUCUGGCCCUAGCAUCUGUUUAUCUAAUAGUGGUACCAUUUUGUAUUGUUAGGAUAAGCGAUAGGAGAAAAUAGCAAAGGUUAACUGACAGUACAAUUCUCCUUCAGUUUCUACUUAGGAGUAUUUCUGAAAAGGUAUGUGAAGUGAAAACAAAAGUUUGAAGAAGUGUUUCCCUUUUAGUUACAUAAUAAACACACAUUACUGAAUUGAACAGUUUUAGACCCAUAAAUAAAGUUAAAAGCAUAACAAAAUCCUAUUAGGAAAUUGAUGAUCAGUUUCUUUCUAAAACACUUCAGAUUUUAAACUUGAACACGUAAUGAAAUAUCUUUUAAACCAGUGAAGAUGCGUGCAGUUUUCACAGGCCUCUCCGCUGAACAGAUGUCUAAUGAGAACAAAGAAUUAGGGGGUAUGGGAGGUAGAAAGAUGCAUUGGCCAAGCCACACCAUGGGUGAGCUGGUGGCAGGCUCACCCUCUCAGGCAUAGUGAGGAAGGCACACAGAAGGGGGUUGCCCUGACUGCCAGACUGCCAGGUACACAUGGUGACUGAAGCUGCCACAAGUGUUCUGUUGACCACACUACAAGGACUCUCCUUGGUCACUGAUGACAGCUGAUGUCUGUCUACCUUGGUCACACUGUCCAGUCCUCACUGGCCAAGCAGGUGGUGGGGCCCAGCCAGGACUUGAGAAUCCCAUGGAGAAAGGAUGGAGCCUGGUUUCAGGCUGGGUCUCUCUUCUGGGCCUGGGCAACUUCCAGAUGCGAAGGAUGUGAGUGAGUCUCUCCUGCUGUCAGGAAUCAUUCUCUCAUCUCAUUUGGAUGGCUAUUUCCUAUUUUAAACCUGAAACACGGAAUUUGAAUUUAUAAUUUGAUUUUAACCUUCGUUUCCUUGUGGUUCACACCUAAGCAAGAUCAUAAGAAUAAUUGAAUUGUUCCUGUAAGAAUUUCUUUUGGGCCAAGCACAGUGGCUCACGCCUGUAAUCCCAGCACUUUGGGAGGCUGAUGUGGGCAGAUCACCUGAAGUCACAAGUUCGAGACCAGCCUGGCCAACAUGACAAAACCCUGUCUCUACUAAAAAUACAAAAAUUAGCCAGGGGUGGUGGUGCAUGCUUGUAAUCCCAGUUACUUGGGAGCUAAGGCAUGAGAAUCGUUUGAACUGGGAGGCCGAAGUUGCAGUGAGCCGAGAUCACGCCACUGCACUCCAGCGUGGGUGACAGGGUGAGAC